CGCAGCGCUGCUAGUUAUCGGGGCAGAAUGGGCUGUAGUUGAGUGGAAUAGGAAAGCUGCAAAACACUGUGGAGUGCUGCGGUGUAAAUAAAAAGGGGGGAAAAGUUUCUCAAGUCGCCGCCGCACGACGUCGGGCCGCGCCGCGCCGGGGCGGGGGUCUGCGCUCUCCGAGCGGCCGCGCGCGGGACUCUGUGGUGCCGCCAGCCCCGGCCCCAUUGUUUGUGUUUUCUUCAAAAUAUGGCAAAGGUUCAGGUGAACAAUGUAGUGGUGCUGGAUAACCCGUCGCCUUUCUACAACCCGUUCCAGUUCGAGAUCACCUUCGAGUGCAUCGAGGACCUGUCUGAAGACUUGGAGUGGAAAAUUAUCUAUGUGGGCUCUGCAGAAAGUGAAGAAUAUGAUCAAGUUUUAGACUCUGUUUUAGUGGGCCCCGUACCUGCAGGAAGGCAUAUGUUUGUUUUUCAGGCUGAUGCACCGAAUCCAGGACUCAUCCCAGAUGCAGAUGCAGUGGGAGUAACCGUUGUGCUAAUUACUUGCACCUAUCGAGGUCAAGAAUUUAUUAGAGUUGGCUACUAUGUAAAUAAUGAAUACACUGAAACAGAAUUAAGGGAAAAUCCACCAGUAAAACCAGAUUUUUCUAAGCUUCAAAGAAAUAUUUUGGCAUCUAAUCCUAGAGUCACAAGAUUCCACAUUAACUGGGAAGAUAACACGGAAAAACUGGAAGAUGCAGAAAGCAGUAACCCAAAUCUACAGUCCCUUCUUUCAACAGAUGCAUUACCGUCAGCAUCUAAAGGAUGGUCCACGUCAGAAAACUCACUGAAUGUCAUGUUAGAAUCCCACAUGGACUGCAUGUGACCAGGUGCCAUCCCAGUGGUACAGAUUAAGCUAUUAAAAACAGAACUAUUUCCCUGAAGUUCCGUAAGUACAUAGUCAAGGUGAAAUGUGAAGAAUUUGUUUAAAAACAUCCUGUAGAAAGUUUAUAAGAAAACCAGUAUUUGAGCAAAUUGUGGAAUAUAAAUACAACUAUUUUUAAGUA